AUGUCAACAAAAGCGGACCAAGUGAUUACCUUAUCUCAAGUACAAUCAUUAUCGGACGGUCUGGAAUAUAAAAAAUCUAUAAUCUGGAAAGAAUUUGGUGGGUUUUUAGAUAAAAGUGUUGAAAUUCAAGAUUCUAACAAUAACGAUAACUCGAUAGUUAAUAAAUUCAUUGCUAACUCAUUUCCAGAUAGAUCCUAUUUAUCACAAAACAUUGCUUAUAAGAUUUGUAAUUCUUGUCAACGUCCAAUCGGGUUAAAAAGUUUAGAACAACAUUAUAACAAGUGUGUCGAAAUGAAACAAAAGAGACAACAAGAACAACAAGAUAAUGCUGCCUCGUCGAAUAAUAAUCAACAGCAACAGAAGAAGAAGCGUGGGAGAAAUGGAGCAUUAGUUGACAUUGACGCAUCAUCUGUUGAUAGUUCAAGAAAUGGUACACCAGCUCCUAAUAAUAGUUCUAGCACUCCUGCUAAUAACAAUAGUACAAAUGCAGAUUCAACUCAACCAGUAGUUAAGCCAAAGAAGAAAUAUAAGAAAUCCCAAGCACAAAAGGAAAAAGAAGCUGCUGCUGCCGCUGCCGCCGCUGCUGCUGCAUCAAAUGGUGAAAAACCUCCAAAGAAAAAGAAAGCCGCUGCUGCUGCCGCUGCUGCUGCUGCUGCUGCUAAACAAGAACUGACACCAAAACCAAAGCCUGCUCCAAAACCAAAAGGUCCAGUUGAUGUUGAAAAACAAUGUGGUGUUGCUUUACCUUCGGGUGGUCUUUGUGCACGUUCAUUAACUUGUAAAACACAUUCUAUGGGUGCUAAACGUGCUGUUCCUGGUAGAAGUGCUCCUUACGAUGUAUUGUUGCAACAAUAUCAUAAACGAAACCAAGCUAGUAUUGCAAAGAAUCAUGCUAUGAUGAUGCAACGUCGAGAGAAUGCAGCAUUUCAUCAACAACAAGAUGCUGCCUCUAAUGCUGCCAAAAUUUUACAUCCUGAUGAAGAAACUGAAUAUGUAUUGGCUGGUGUUUCUAAAAAUAGUACUAUUCCAUUGGAAAGAAAAGUGAUAAUGCCAGUAAGGUAUCGUCAUCGAUUCCUUCGAGCUAGAGAAUUUUAUGCUAAUGCAUUAAUUAUCUCGGCGCAUCAUAAUCAGCAAACGCAACAAAAUCAAAAUGGAGGUUCUCAAGGUGGUGAUCAAACAUUAGCAAAUCAAGCUAUUUCUGGAUCUAUUGGUGGGUUACAAGGUAGAUGUGCAUUAAUUAAUAUUGAUGAUAAACCAUCAGAUGUAAAUUCACCUACUCAAACAUUCAGUGCCAUUCCUGGUGAAAUGUAUCAAGUUAGAGCCCCAUCUAAACCAAUUGUUAUGACUGCACAACAUAAUGCUAUGCAACAGCAACUUUUCCAACAACAGAUAUUGAAAUAUCAACAACAUCAGCAACAACAGCAACAGCAAAUGUUGUUAAUGAGACAAAGACAACAACAACAGCAGCAACAAGCACAACAGCAGCAACAAGCACAACAGCAAGCGCAACAGCAGCAGCAACAACAAGCUCAAUCAACUCCUGUUGCAUCUACAAGUGGUACUGAACAGAAAACAGAAUCUUAA